AUUGUGAGCAAGCGCGAAAGUCUGACCGCAAACCCGGCUUGGCCUCGUGGUCUGCGCGCUCCCCUAAUCCCCUAAAGUCUUGCGACCGCGCAUUCUCAAUAUAUAUGAGUAUCAUACUCGGCGACGUACUGCCACACGGCGCCAAAAUGCAGCCACACUUGGAGCUCGCCGACGACGUUCUGGACCGUAUCUUCUUGCACCUGUCUCCAAAUGAGCUGUCGUCCAGUAUCCGGCUUCUGAGCAAGAGCUGGGCUGCCCGAUACGCAUAUAUGACCCACAUCAGCCUACGUGUCGCGGUGCCGCGCCAUGCCUUCCGCUGGCGCUUCACUGUCGCCAUUGCAGCUGCCCUGCCGCUGCGCACCCGCCGCGAGCUCCUGUGCGCCACGGCUGCCUCCGGGGACGUCUCCAACCUAGAGCAUGCGCUGGAGGUGACGGGGCUGGACCUGGGUGCCGCCGCCACCGCCACUGCCCUGCUGGCCGCGGCAGCUUGCGCGGAGCCGCCUGGCGGCAUGGCGGUGACGGCGUUCCUGCUGCACCGGAUGGGCCGCAGCCAGCAGCACCAGCAGGACACGCGGUCAGGGUGGCUGGGACAGCUGUGUCAGAGGUGUCACGCCUGGUGCAGUUCUGGCUCGAAAGCAUCACUGGUUGAGGUGGUCGAGCCCGCCCUGUGCGCGGCGGCGGCGGCAGGAUGGAAGGAGUCGUGCGCGCUGCUUCUGGGCCGGCUCAUGGGAGGUGGGGCCGGCCAGUGCAGCUCAGCGGACACGGAGGGUCAUGGAGAGGAGCUGAUCGAGGCGGAGACGUCCGCACAGAUUCCAGACAUAGGCCGCCGCCAGCAGCAACCGCUCGUGCUGCCGACAACAAUAGCACUUAGUCGGCACAUUGGGAAGGCAGUGCUGGCGGCGCUGCGAGGCGGCCACCUGCCGCUGGCGGCGUUGCUGCAGGAGCAACAGCACCAGCUGCACCAGGGGCGCCGGCCGCAGCUGCAGAGGCUUCAGUCUCAGGCCGCAAUGGUGGAGGUCGCUGCUAACACUGCUGCCGCAAGCGGGGCGGCUGCAGGUGACGGCGCGAUGGCAGCAACAACCGGUGACGAGUGGGCGGCGCUGCUGGAGGCUGCGGCGGCUGGCCUUGCGCUGCGGCCGCUGCAGCUCGUGGUCCUGUGCGGCGGCGACCUGCGCAAAGCUACAGCGUGGGUGCAGGAGCAAACCGCCCAGAUGACAGAUAGCGAGCUAGCCGCGGCCGCAGCUGCAGCGGCGGCGGCACACACACGCCAGCUGGCUACCUGGCAGCUAUCAGCUGUGGUGUCUGCGGCUGCGGGCAGCCUGCAGGCUGUGGGGUCAUGGGCUGACAAGCUGGACUGGCUGACGACAGAGCCGCCGCGGGGCCUAGGCUUCCCGCGCCCUGCUGCUGCAGCGGUAGCAGUCGUGGCGUCUGCAGGCAGCGGGAUGGAGGCGGCUGAGGUGGCGCUGCAGCGGCUGCAGUGGCUGCGUGGUGCUGGAUAUCCACUCGAUCCCAGGGUAGUAGUGGGGGCUGCAGCAAGGCGUAGUGAUUUGCGCCUACUGGAGGCAUUGCUGCGAGACCCGAGCGGACAUGUGCGCCCGGGCCGGGAGGCGGCGUACGCGGCGGCGGCUGCAGCCGCCAGGACUGCAGUGCUACCGCCACCAGCGGAUGCUACUGAUGCUGUUGGUGAGAUGGAAGGCGCGUAUGGCCACGGGCAGGUGGCUUGUGGCAUGAGCAAAGUGAGUGGCGUGCCGGCACUGCGGCUGCUGCACAAGUACGGUUGUGCCAUUGAGCCGUACGGCACCCUGCUGGUGGCGGCGGAGUCUGGCGACCUGGCCGCGGUGCGGUGGCUGCUAACGGGCCAGCAGGACGAGCAGGAGGCCCCAGAGGAGGGCGGCGAGCACAAUAGGGGCGGUGCCACAACUACCUCCCCGGUAGCGUCGCAAGUCCGGCUGGACGCGGAGGUGAUGGGCGCUGCGGCGAGCUCAGGCCACGUGCCGCUCAUGUCCUGGCUGCUGCGCCGCCGCGGCUGCGCCAUGGACAGAGACACCUUCCGUCGUUGCGCCGCGGGCGGCAGUGUAGCGGCGCUGCGGUGGCUGGCGGCGGCUGGCUGUGACAUUGGGGACGACGGUGGUGCCUACGCCGCCGCCGCCGGCCAGGGUGACCGCCUGGUGGCCGCCGCCCUGCAGCAGCUGGGCUGCCGUAGGCCUGCAGGCGCCGAAGGGGCGAACACCGCCACGACGACAGGCUAUGCCAGGAGCGGGGGCAUGCGCCUCAGUGGGGGCGCAGGGGGCUACGGCGUGCGGCCUCCCUCUCUGGCCUAGAUCGGCACAUAAGGUUAUGGGUUGUAGCAACUAGGCGAUUUUCGUGCUCGUCAGCAGCUCGUGGCUUCCCUUCGCUCGCCCCGCGCAGAGUGGUGAGGCGCGUCGCCGGCGGCGUAUGUAGGACCUCUACGCGUGCCCCUUCGCGCGGGCCUUUGCCUGCCUGGCAACAAUGCGUAUCCGCAUUGGGCUGUAGGCCUGAGGCCUUCGUAAACAGUUUGUUUACCCUGCAAAUACUAGCUCUGGCAUGUGUAGAAGACUCGAGUGGAUGCGUAGCACCAAUGCUGUGACACGUUGCUCAAGGUGGAACGUGUUAGCUUCAGCUUUAACGCUUUAGCUUGCAGUUCCUGGUGGCUGUUGGAUACAACACGGUGUUUGAGCAUGUAUUCCCGCCGGCCCGGAGUGUGCACCAAGUUGGUAGAACCGGUUAAGACCCAGAACCAGUUCAGAGCCGCCCACAUGCUAGGUGUGGCGUACGUGCAGAGCCAGAGCGCACAACCGAAGCGCGCCUGAUUCACCACAAAGACACAAGUAACAUGCAGCUUUGGUACAACUGUCAAAACAUGCCCUGAAUGUCACAGACGUAUA